AUGGCCGCGCAGAUGCUCCGCCGGUGGAAGAGCUUCUACGGCGCCUUCGACGCCGUGGACGCCGCCAUCAAGGCCGCCGACCCAGACCAAUUUUCACGCCACGUGUUCCAGCGCGCGAGGGGUGACCUGGUGCUAGGGCUCUGCAACGCCGCCGCCGACGACCAGGCGGAGCGUAUCUGCGGGAUUCUCGACGACCUCAUGGCAGAGUCUCUCGAGACGCUCAGGGUGGUUCCAUCAACGCCAGAGACGCCCAUCUCCACGGAACUCGCCGAGUCUGUGCGCGCGCUGCGGGAGCACGACUCGGAGCGCGUCCGCCUCCUCGCGCGCGGCCUCGUGAGCGGGUGGGAGGCCUCCGUCCAGGACGACGUCGUCAAGGUCACACCAGCCAUGCCAAUGAAGAAGCCCAAGGCGACCGUCGGCCAGCAGCAGCGUGCCUGCGCCGAUCCUGACGUGAAGACGAAGCGACCUCCCAAGGCAGAAAUCAUCAAAAAGGUGUCCGAUCCUGCCGCCGGCUUCGUCGACGGUGACCGUGCCGGGUUCUGCUCGGAGGACAAGAUGGAAGCCGCAAAGCGCAAGCUCCGGCAAGGUUACCAGGAAGCAGAGGACGCGAAACGGCGGCGCAGGACGCAGUUGGUGCAGGCGCCCAAGAUGAUGCAGCCCGCGUCUCAGAUGCGGCCAACCAGGAGGUGCAGCAGCUCGAUGGUGAAGAAAACCUUCUCGAUCAGGACGCAGCUUCACAUCGCUUAG